GGAUGACCUUGGAGUUGCCCACCGCGAUGGCCCUUGAUCGUGUCUCGUGGAGGUGUGCCUGCGUGGGAAGCACUUGAGGCCAAACUCAGCUCCGCACUAGAGAGCAGAGAGAGACAAACGAUAUCGUAGCUGUGGGCGAUUAGCGCAAGAGAGAGAAAGAGGCACUCUGAGGAGCUUCUGCAUUUCUCUGCCCAAAUCCUCCAGAGUUCCACUCAGGAGAACGAUUGGAAGCUCAUUUGCGCAAAGCAAUGCCUGUCAUUGCCAGAAUUUUAUGUUUUUCGCUCCCAUCUUUACGUUCCUUUCAUCAUUGUUGAGAACUCAGAACCACAAAUAUAACAUCUGUGCUUCUGUCCCUAUCCAAGAUCUUUGAAGGAGAUGGCGUUUCUGAUUGCUUCUUUCAGAGGGCUCGAUCUGGCUUAGCAUAUUUGACUAUCUAGAUUGACGGCAUUAAUUUUGCUGAGUCCUUGGCAGCGCAGGGAAGGCAUGAGAAAUGAAUCACCAUUGUUGUAAUUUGGUGCUGUGGCUACACUAGCUGGAUUUCUGGUUUAUUUUCAGAUAGCAUGGCAUCGUCGUGGGAUCAUCUUGGGGAAGUUGCAAAUGUGGUCCAGCUAACGGGCUUGGAUGCUGUGCGGUUGAUUGGGAUGAUUGCAAAAGCUGCAAGCACAGCACGGAUGCACAAGAAGAACUGUAGGCAGUUUGCACAGCAUCUGAAGUUGAUUGGGAACUUACUGGAGCAGCUCAAGAUCUCAGAGCUGAAAAAAUAUCCAGAAACUCGGGAGCCUCUGGAGCAGCUUGAAGAUGCUUUAAGAAGGUCUUACAUUUUGGUCAACAGUUGUCAGGACCGGAGCUAUCUAUAUUUGCUGGCCAUGGGCUGGAACAUUGUUUAUCAAUUCAGAAAGGCUCAGAAUGAAAUUGACCGUUACCUACGUCUUGUUCCUCUCAUCACUCUUGUCGACAAUGCUCGAGUCAGGGAGAGACUUGAAGCUAUUGAGAAGGAUCAGCAUGAGUACACAUUGGAUGAUGAGGACCAAAAGGUGCAGACUGUGAUAUUAAAACCUGAACCUGACAAAGACGAUGCUGUGGUGCUGAAGAAAUCUCUUUCCUGUUCUUAUCCCAACUUGCCCUUCAAUGAAGCACUUAAAAAAGAAAAUGAAAAACUUAAGUUAGAGCUACAACAGUCGCAGGCCAAUUUGGAUAUGAAUCAGUGUGAAGUCAUUCAACGUUUAUUGGACGUGACAGAAGCUGCAGCCGACUCUGAGAAGUGUUUGCCUGAAAAAAGUCAUAAGAAAGUAGAGGACAGUUACUUAGAUGACAAUAGUGACAAAGGUUAUGCUUCUGAUGAAAAAUAUAACAAGAAACGUGACCCUUCUUCAACAUUAAGAUCAUCAGUUUCAGGAAAGGAUCUGCUGCAAACUGGAGGUUCAUAUCAGCUGGGAGAAUGGCACAAUGAUUUACUUUCAUGUUGUUCUGAACCCUCUCUAUGUAUAAAAACUUUCUUCUAUCCUUGUGGGACAUUUUCAAAGAUUGCUAGUGUUGCAACAAACAGGCAUAUAUCUUCUGCAGAAGCAUGUAAUGAGUUGAUGGCAUAUUCAUUAGUCUUGUCAUGCUGUUGCUAUACUUGCUGUAUCAGGAGGAAGCUUCGGAAAAUGUUGAACAUCACAGGUGGCUACGUUGAUGAUUUUCUAUCUCAUUUAAUGUGUUGCUGCUGUGCUCUUGUCCAAGAAUGGAGGGAAGUGGAGAUCCGUGGGUUUUGUGGAGCUGAUAAGACAAGUACAAGCCCUCCCCCCCCACAGCAUAUGGAAUCUUAAUCAGCCUAGCAUGUAUUGUUUAGUGGGAUUUGGAUGCAUCGCUUUUGUGUAAGUCCGUUCACAAUUUGAGUGACCCCGCUCGGCCUUGCACUUAGAACAGCAAAUGCUUCUUGUACAGAAGUCUUGUAAAUAGAAUCUACCGUCGCAUUAGAAUUAUCAUAGACUGCGCCUUCGUUUGGCAAGAAAACACUUUCCUGUUGAAAUUUGAUGACCUGUUCUCCCCCCCCCCGGGGGGGGGGGGGUUAUAUCAUGCAAAUGCGAGGUUCGG